CUCUCGCCACUCAAUGCAGUGCUUGCGAGGUGGGGAAGCUGUUGUAGAUUGCUAUUGCAUCAGAAACCACUUUAACUUACUGGAAGCCACUCUUACAAUUACUUUAAGGACAUUUUAACAUUGCAUUUCUUCUGUUAGAUUCAGUAGAAAAAAAGUUGUAUCAAAAAUGCCAGCUGACACCAUAGAGAAAACUUCCAUUUCUCCCAUUGUGGGGGCUUCGGCAACUUCUCCGCAAACUCCGGAUAAACCUAAAAGCGCCAGUGAUAAUAGAAAGUCUUCCAAGCCUAUAAUGGAAAAGCGGCGCAGAGCGAGAAUUAACGAGAGCCUGACUCAACUGAAAACCUUAAUCCUGGAUGCACUCAAGAAAGAUAGCUCCAGACACUCAAAGUUGGAGAAAGCGGACAUCCUUGAAAUGACAGUGAAGCACCUGCGGAAUCUGCAACGUGUGCAGAUGACUGCAGCUCUAACUGCCGAUCCGACCGUCCUGGGAAAAUACAGAGCCGGCUUUAACGAGUGUAUGAACGAGGUGACCCGCUUUCUGUCCACCUGCGAGGGGGUUAACGCCGAUGUCCGGAGCCGGCUCCUCAGCCACUUGUCCAGCUGCCUGGGGCACAUGGUGGCGAUGAACUACCCGCAACCUCCGUCCAGCGCCGGCUCGAUGGCCGGGGGUCACCUCGCUCAGCCGCUGCACGUCCAGCUGCCGGCCGCCGUGCCGGUCAGCGGCGCAGUAGGGAUGCCCUGCAAGCUGAGCCCGGCCGAGGCCGUCUCGCCCAAAGUUUACGGCGGCUUCCAGCUUCUGCCCGCGGCAGACGGACACUUUGCCUUCCUCAUCCCGAACCCCUCCUUCACCUCAUCGGCCGGACAGAUGGGAGGCGGCCCUGUCAUCCCCCUCUACGCCAAUGCCAACAUGCCGGGCAACGCCAACUCGUCCUCGCUGCCUCCCAAUCCCAAACUGGCCGGAUCCCCAGUGCAAGGACUAACCUCGGUACCGUUCGGGCCCGCAGUGUCCCAGAACCACAGCCCUUUGGGAGUGAGCGCGAGUCCCGAAAACUCAGAGUCCGUCUGGAGACCUUGGUGAUGAGCCAAGAUGCCUUUGGACUGACCCGUUAAACUUGUUCCAUUAUUGGGGACAUCUGGUACUUAUCAUAAUAAGAGAUAUUUAUUUCGAUGUAAAUAGACGACCUUGUUGAUCUCCAUAUAACUUGCAGAUCUUAAAAGUAUUUUUUAAUGUUGCAAGAAUCUUGUAAUUUGAUUUUGUUUUGUAACCUGUUUUCAUUAUGGGUGCGAUAUACCAAAGUCUUUUUUUGUAAAUUUGUCUCUGGACAGAAGAAAAUAAACAAUUCGUUAAUAUUUUAAAAGUCCCAAA